AUGUCAGCUACGGUCACUCCGUGGCGAGCACCAGGAGGAUCAUCACAUGAGAGGACGUCAUCCUUCGAGGCUAGUGCCCAUGUCAGCUGGAUCCUCAGGGUCGUAUAUUUUCUCGAAGCUUUAGGUGGAAUAAGUAGUUACAAUCGCUUCCCUGCUGAGACUUUGAUACUCGAAGCAUAUUGCUGUAUCGCUAUAUUGCUUACACAAACAACCCUAAUGGACGGAGAACAACUCAGAGAAAACCACACAGAGGUAGAGCCAUUUACCUUCUCGAAGCGGGUCUACUUUGACUCGGGCGAUUUCGCUCUCUCUGCAGCUAGCAAGAUGAGUGAUGAUAACGGUGCUGUCCAACCGGGCACGGCACACCCCGUCCGCGCCAGUAUUUCGCACCCCUACGCGCCACUGCCGGGCACGAGUAAUGCCCCCAAUAACGCUAAUGAGAACUUUCAUGGUGAUAAAAAUCCCAGUCCUGAGAUCGCAGAGAGCCCUCUUGGGCAGGAGACGCAACCUGAUGAGGAGCGUGGCUACAAGAGAUACUUUGAAGCGCUGCACUCUUUUUCUCACUAUCGCAUCAAGAGCAAGAUCGAAGAGAGCUUGAUCAGUUUACACCUAUGGGCUAUGCUUCUGAAUUGCAAACCCGGUCGAACCCAGGGCUUAUCUCUCGCAGAAUUCGGUGCCCUGCUAUAUCCAUUGACGCCCGUUAUUGGCCAAGUACGGGCUUCUCUGCAGAUACGGCCUCCUCUAUCUACCGGUGUCUGCAAAAGCCUACGAUCAUCACUCCAUCGUCUUCAGAUAGCUGCACAAAGUACCAAUAGCGUGGGAGCAAAUACCGGUAUCGAAUAUGGAGAAGGAAUGAUAAAACACCAGAAUGAAGUGUCCAACAAAGGGUCGAAGACAUUCAACUCAACACAACCCACGAAAAGUGAUACCAAGUACUACAGUCUCAAGGACUACAGAGAGAGACCCGAGGAGCAACAGAGUGAUGGAUUCAAGACAGCCACGAAGUUCACAAAAGAUGAGAUGAAGUACCACACCCUCAAGGACUAUAGAGAGGGCCUAUAUACGGAAAGUGGAAAGCUGGAUAGUUGCCGUGACUCGCAGGAGACAAGGACACACAACUGGGACGUGCAGGACACACAUAAAAAAGAGUGA